AUGGCAUCAUCAUCUUCUUCUGUUUCUCUUCUUCCUCUAGGUCCUACAAGACUGCCAUUUGUUGCUCCAAGCAAGUACUUCAUCACCACUACCAGCAAUAAUAAUGUGAUUGUCACUCGAAGAAGCUUUUUCAGUACGUCUGCAUCAAAGAAAGAUUCCAAUUACGGCCACCAUUACAAUGGGAAGCUGGUGGACGAAAGCAUGAUCGUUCUUCGAAUGCGAAUUCGAGAGAUUGAGAUGGAGAAGAAGCAGAGAGAGAAGGAAGAGAAGAGAAGUGGAGGAGGUUGGAGGAUUGUGGAGUGGGAGAGAAGGUACUGGGAAGAGAAUUAUGGUUCUGAUAUUUGUGAAGCUGUGGGGUUGUUGCAGACUCUGUUGAUAGAAACAAGGCCUUGUUUGGCUCUUGGGAUUUUGGUUUUGGCUUUUUUGAGUGUUUCUCUUUCAAUGUCUCUCUCUGUGUUUCAUUUGGUGGAGUUGGGGAAGCAGUUCUUCAUGUCAAUUAAUUUCUAGGUUAUAAUUAAUUAACCAUUUGCUUCUAAUUAUUAAUAGUUGAAAUUAUUCAACAGCUUAGCUAGGUUUCUUUAUUAAAUUGGAUAAGGAACAUUCAUUUUGAGUCAAUUAUAUUCGUGUCAUUCAAAUAAGUCAGACA